AACCGGAAAACGACAGCCCAAAACCCUCCUGUUCCUCCUUAAAGCGAACCCGCCCCGCCCACCGCCCUCCGCCGCUGUGCGACGUGGCCUUGGCUGGGCAGCGCGGCCGUAUACAGUGGCACCACCAAUAGUGCAUCCCUUCACCUCAGCAGGUCACCAUGGAUCAGGUCAUGCAGUUCGUGGAGCCCAGCCGUCAGUUUGUCAAGGACUCCAUCCGACUCGUUAAAAGGUGCACCAAGCCUGACAGGAAAGAGUUCCAGAAGAUUGCCAUGGCAACAGCAAUAGGCUUUGCAAUAAUGGGAUUUAUUGGUUUCUUUGUCAAACUGAUCCAUAUCCCCAUCAACAAUAUCAUUGUAGGCGGCUGAAUGUCCAUCAUGAAGAACAGGAGGUUGUGACACUUUCUGCAGAGACUUCACGGCUUUAAGUUGUUUGCUAUUAAACAAGCUCACUUUGGGUUUACAAA